ACGAACCUCCUUACUAGCACUUCCGCACUGUAGGCAAACUGCAAUCUUUUUCAAGACGAUUCUAGAUUGAAAAGUAGAUUCAUGUAAAGUGAUUUUACCGAGACAGUUUUCGAGGCGUGAUUUUCCUAUUGACAAUAGACGAUAGGUGAAUGUUUUCUCUAGCGCUGAAAUGUAGUAAUGCUGUUGUCUUUACAUUCGGGACACUGGUAAAAUAUGGCCACUGUUUUAGAACCGCAUCUAGAUUCCCGUGAUGAAGAGAAAGAACGCCGAGUAGACAUAAUAUGCGUUUGCUUGAUCGUUUCACUAAAACAAUGAAUGACGUCUAGCUGUGUUUCUGUUUGAUCCAAAAGGAGUGACAUCAUUUUUUCUGAAUAUUUAUCAAACAUCAGUUUGUCUUCUGACGAUUAGGCUCCGCGUCUGCUGUCAACCAUGUCUCCGCACAGCAGCAUAAUAAUAGGCCUAAGAAUAAUAAUCCUACUAUAUUAUCAAUUGAGAUUGUUUUACGUCUUGAUAUGUUUCAGUUUUCAUAUUGAUCUCUUAUAAUAUCAGCAUUAUUGAUUGUUCAAAGAUUUAUUUGAUAACGAAAAUAUUAUGUCAUGAUUUUCUAUUUGGGUAUGGUACACUUCACAUUACACUGAUAGUCAUUGCUCAGAAACAUAAAUUAAUGUUGCACUCUCUUAUCAUCAUGCUUGACCUUAUAAUGUAGUUCGAGACGUUUUGAUGUCUUAAGCCUUUAUAAUGACAUAUUAUGUCUAUCUAGGACAUUUUCAACUGCCUCAAGCUGGCUGUUAUUAAAUCAGGAUGAUUCUGUUAAUACUACCUCAUAAAGGGAUCAUAUUCUUAUAAAAAGUCUUAAAAUGCAUUUUAACCACAUGAUAUUCCAUAUACCUGUUAUCAAAUGCAUUGCCACUGUGUUUUCUCCCUCCCACCAGGCCUGCAGGCAGCUGCAGGAAGCCACAAUGUCCAUGGCCCAGCAGCAGAACCAGGUGAUCCUCCAGUUCCGCUUCGGAACCUUCGGAGACUCUAUGCUGCAGAAGAUGAACCUGCUUCGCCGCCAGACCCGCUUCUGUGAUGUCACCGUGCGCAUCAAUGACCUGGAGGUCCCCGGACACAAGGUGGUGUUGGCUGCCGGUUCUCCCUUCCUCCGGGACCAGUUCUUUCUUCAGGACUCGUCCACAAGGGAGGUCCAGAUCUCCAUGACCCAGGAGGCAGAGGUGGGCCAGCGGCUGCUGCUGUCCUGCUACACAGGCACCCUGGAGCUGCCUGAGCUGGAGCUGGUCAACUACCUAACUGUGGCCAGCUUCCUCCAGAUGGGCCACGUGGUGGAGCAGUGCACCCAGGCUCUAAAGAAGUUCAUCCAGCCACGACACUGCCAAGUGAAACAGCAGCCUCAGGAGGAGGAAGGAGAUGGAGAGACUCUCAGAGCCUCUCCCAUCCAGAAAAUACAGGAGCUGCCCCAUGCCCAGGUAAUAAAUCAUGAGGAGGAAGAUGAUGAAGAUGAUGAUGUGAUAAUUCAGCCGAUGACCCCUACCCAGAGGCGAGACAGGGGUGAGGGCGAGGAGAGCCCCAUCACCAUCGUAAAGGUGGAGGCCAUUUGUGAGCGGGUGUCGGAGAUGUCUGAACGCUCCUCUGCCUCCAUUGCAGGGUGCUUCCACAACAGCCCCCCAUCGUCAUUACACUCCCCUGAGCCCCAGCACUCCCUAAUCAACUCCACCGUGGACACCCGGGCUGGUGAGAUGACCAUGCCACAUAUGCCAGGAUACCCGCUCAGCCCCCCCCCACUACCCACCUCAGCCACAGGGAGACCUAAUCUGGGGGGGCACCUACGAAACUCAGACAAAUCUCUUCAGUGGUACCACCAGUGCCCAAAGUGUGCCCGUGUGUUCCGCCAGCUAGAGAACUACGCCAACCACCUCAAGAUGCACAAGCUGUUCAUGUGCCUGCUGUGUGGCAAGACGUUCACCCAGAAGGGUAACCUGCACCGUCACAUGCGGGUCCACGCUGGCAUCAAGCCCUUUCAAUGCAACAUAUGUGGCAAGACCUUCACUCAGAAAUGCUCUCUCCUGGACCACCAGAACUUACACAGUGGAGACAAGCCCCAUCGCUGUAACUACUGCGACAUGGUGUUCGCACACAAGCCCGUGCUCCGCAAACACCUCAAACAAAUCCACGGCAAGAACAGCUUUGACAACGCCAACGAGCGGAGUCUACUACAUGACGGGGUUCUUGAUUUUGAGUACGGGCGUCUGCAGGACUGUAGCAUGGACAAUAGCAUGGACAAUAAGCCUGUUGUUAUGGAUGACUCUCUUUAGUGCUGUGUCACGUUUCAUUUCUGCUGAGUCAUAAAUUAAUAGAUGCGUAGUAGUGUUAGCUGAAUUGUAAACCGUAUCGUACGGUACUUGAAGGUACAACACUGAAUAUUAGAAUAAAAGUUACUGUAGACAUGUAUACAGUAUGUGUUCAUAUUUUAUAACAAUGUUAAUUUAGUGAAUGAGUUAACAUGAUAUUUAAAAAGCUGCCCUGAGUGUGUGGUGUCAUUUUUGUAAUACAUGUAAAUGCAUAUUUUAUUUAUGAAUAGACAACAGAAUGUGAAUCUGUUAGAUUUUUUUAUCAGAUUAAAAUAGCAAGCUUUAAAAAUAUGUAAUGCUGACAUUUCUGUUAAGUCACAACAAGUGUUCUUAAGUGAAAUGAGUGCCAAAAAUAUUACUGACAUGAUUUGUCCUCAGGAGGAUUGUUUUGGCUAAGGUAGCCCACAGUAGGACCAAAGUGAUGAUAGUGUGUCUUUAAAACAUAAUAUGCUAUUAUUGUCGAUUAAGCCUGUUUUGGAAAUGGGUAGACAAUAAAUGCUUGUAUCUUGUAUGAGGAUGUGACGUGGGUGAGAAUGAUGUUGUGUUUCUACCAUAUCAGAGGAGCAGACACCCAACAGGAAAACAAUGAGUCCCACAUUACUUUAAGUGACCCUAAAAGCUGAUCUAUUUGCAAUGUUAUUAGAUUGGUAGGUACAGGUUAAUUACAGUGUGUGUACACAUUGAUACGUAGUACGGGUAGUUUGGGCCUAACUGUCAAUUAGAAUUUAUUUGCAAAUCUAAUUGUUAGCCUACAAAGUCCAAACAGCUAUAGUUAGCUGUGCAACAAUGUAAGUACUAUGCAACCAUGUGUAUCUACACUGUAAUUACACUGUACCUGUCAAUGUAACCACCAUGUAAAACUAGUAUAUAUAUAUUUUUUUCAGCACAAUGGAACCAAGCAAGUUACUGUAGUCAGCCUGUAAACCCAAAAGCAUUACUAUGCUUCCUACAGCAGAUGGAGCCAUUGUAUACCAUGUAAUCUCACAACAUGAUGCGCUGUCUUUUGUAUUCUCUGAGAACACUACAUAUAAAUUACCCAUUGUUGUGGUUGUAUUACUGAUGUUACAGUACUGUAAUUCAAGAUUGUAAGAGGAUUUACAUUGAUGACCAUUCCCCAUGCCACAGCAUCAGGGUUAUUAUAAUAUAGUAAAUGAAUGUUUACACUAGUCUUUUUAUCUGCUCUAUUUAGAUAUCAAUAUACUAUUGUACUUCAUUCCAUGCCUUAUGAAUAGAUGUAUUCACUGUCACACUGAUCUCUGUUUUAUUUACAUCGAUAUCAAAUUAAGGGGCCACAUCAGUUGAUUGACUACUUGACUGGUUCCAAGUAACCUACAGACAGUUCUAUAUGCAUAUUGAGUGCAGUCUAGCCUGCGCAGAUUACAAGAUCAUUAUACUGUAUCAUAUUGAUGGCAUUUCUGAGAAGGUAAACACAUCACCAGGAAUUACAAAUAUCUACAAAUCUGAGCAGGCCUGCACAGAGUAUGUCUGUAAAUCUGGAAUACUCCCUCUGUGUGUGUGCAGGUGCGGUGGUGCAUGGACGCAUGGUCUGUGGUGCAGCUGGCAUGUCUUCCUGCGCCUAGCCCAAUCACUCAGGCAGACAGGAUCUGCUUGGCUGAAACUCUGCAGCUCCGCUGUGCAGCCAGUCACAAUCCUGACUCUUGGCUCACUCACAAAUACUGUAGUCAGCUCACAUGGCUAACUGGGUUUGCUCAUUGUUGUUAAGUCUCCUCCCGCUCCGGCACUCAACAUCACCGGUCUACUAUCCACCGUUUCUGGCAACCCAUCUUUACGCACACCUGCACAGUCACACCUGGACUUCAUCACUACCUUCAUUACUUACCAUUUAUCUAGCACUGUUUUGUCAGUCAUCAGGUAGUAUUGUUUGUGUGAGACGCUUCUCUUGUUUUGUAUCAUUCCAUGUUCGUUAUCAUUAAACUCACUAACUGCACCUGC